AUGGUGCUGCUGGAGAGUGAGCAGUUCCUGACGGAGCUGACCAGACUCUCCCAGAAGUGCCGGUUAUCAGGCAGCGUGUUCAUCACCCCGAAGAAGUAUGAUGGUCGAACUAAAUCCUUUCCAAGGAAGGGUUCUGUAGAGGGCUUUGAGCCCUUAGACAACAAGUGCCUGUUCAGAGCUACUGAUGGGAAAAAGAAGAUCAGCACCGUGGUGAGCUCCAAAGAAGUGAAGGAGCUUCAGAUGGCUUACUCAAACCUAUUGAGAGCUCAUGUGGAUGGGCUGAAGAAGAGGGACGGGAAGAGCAAGAGUAGGAAGAGCAAAGCAGCGCAGGGAAGGGCACCAGAUACCCUGCUUUCACCAACUAACCACUGA